AUGGCGACGUCCGGGAAGCCGGUUGCGCUUGUGGUGGGCGCGUCGAGAGGCAUUGGACGGCAGGUCGCUGUUGACCUUGCCAGGAAUGGGUACGCCGUGGUCGUCGCAGCUAAAAGCACGUCCGAUGCCGCGAAUGUACACCCCUUCCCUCCCGAUCCGAACUCCCCACAGUCGACGAUAAGCACCGUCGAGCGAGAGAUUCGGGAAGCUGGCGGCGAUGCGGCAGCCAUCCCUGUCGAUACACGGGAUUAUGAUAGCAUAAAGGAAUUGGUUGAUCAGACAGUCCUGAAAUACGGACGUCUCGAUGUGCUUAUAUACAAUUCCGGGGCCAUAUGGUGGUCCAGCGUGGAGAACACGCCCAUGAAGCGAUUCCAGCUCAUGCAACGCGUGAAUGUGGAAGGCCUCUACGGCACUGUGCAGGCUGCCCUGCCUCAGUUCAAAGCGAAUGGCUAUCAAGGACGCAUCAUCGUUGUUAGCCCACCGAUAUACUCGCGCUUUUUCCGGGGCAAGACGGCUUAUGCUAUGGGCAAAGUUGGCAUGAGCGUGCUCACGAAAGGCUUGGCUAUGGAUUGGGAACGCGAGGGCAAGAAAGGCAUGGCUAUUACAAGUAUUUGGCCCGCGACUGCUAUUCAGUCGGCUGCCACGACGGACCUGGACCGGGAGAAUGCGAGCGAGCUGAGGAAGCCUACUAUUUAUUCGGAUGCUAUCCUGGCCAUGCUCCGAGCUCCGGCAUCCGAGGUCAACGGGUGUUUGGAGUUGGACGAGGACUUCCUCCGAAAGCGGGGCGUUACCGACUUCGAGCAGUACAACGUUGUCCCUGGCUCCCGACCGCGAAGAAUAAUGCCUGCGGAGUUCCCCGAUCUCACAGUGAAAGAGCAAGCCGAUGAGGGCCGACGGAUUGACAGCACGGAAUUGCGAGCCUCAAGAAUGUAA